UCUACUGCAGGCGGAGAGAAGGGUGGGGUUGGCAUGGGGCAGUGUUUGAGGCACCAGAUGCACUGGGAGGACUUGGAAGAAUACCAGGCCCUGACCUUCCUGACCAGAAAUGAGAUCCUGUGUAUCCAUGACACCUUCCUGAAGCUCUGUCCCCCUGGGAAGUACUACAAGGAGGCAACACUGACCACAGACCAGGUCAGGUCCCUGCCAGCCCUGAGGGUCAACCCUUUCAGAGACCGAAUCUGCAAAGUGUUCUCCCACAACGAUGUGUUCUCCUUUGAGGAUGUGCUGGGCAUGGCAUCUGUGUUCAGUGAGCAGGCCUGCCCCAGCCUGAAGAUCGAGUAUGCCUUUCGCAUCUAUGAUUUUAACGAGAAUGGCUUCAUCGACGAGGAGGACCUGCAGAGGAUUGUCCUCCGACUGCUCAACAGUGAUGACGUAUCCGAGGACCUGCUGACCGACCUCACGAACCACAUGUCCUAGAGUGACAGUCCAAAGUGUGACAGGACAUGAAGGCAGCCUCAUGAAUCUGUUUGUCCUAAGACCAUGGGAACCUUCAAGUGCUUGUGGUCUGGAUUGAAACUAGAAGCAAAGAUAAAACCAUGAGAGGUCAUCACUGCCUUCUAGACCUGACCGGGCCCCUUGCAGUACAGAGCCCCUGCCUGUGACCGGAUAUAGGUAUGGGUGGGGAUGUCACCCCAUUCACCUCUGCACCCAUUUUCACUGCCAAGUUUGUGCUGGAGGCACGAAGGGAACUCUUCCCAUGUCCCAGACAGACCUCAGCGCACAUAACCUUAUCUCUGUAUCUCCAUGUCUUUGUCUGGGGUGGGGAGUAGCCGGGGUGGGGCGGAGAACAUCUGCCUCACCCCCCCCCACAAGGGGGUCAGGGAACUUACACGCAUGUUAAGCACCUAGCAGAGAGCCUGGCCUAUGGCAGCACUUGGCGUGAGACAUUUUACCCUCCGCCUGUGGCCCCGUCUCACUUUCUCAUACUGGGCUCCUCUCUGCUCUCUGGCUCCUCCUACACCCCUGGCCAGGUCCUGAAUGAGUCGGAUCUGGACAAUGACAACAUGCUGUCUUUCUCAGAGUUUGAACAUGCUAUGGCCAAGUCUCCAGACUUCAUGAAGUAAGGUGCUCUGGAGUGGGGGAGGGGGAGAGACCAGCAUAGUGGGGGUGGGCAGGAAGAGCCAACGAAGCCCCUCAUCUUCCCAAGGAGGUCAUGAGUUUCCAGGGUACUUUGCCGAUUCUUUCAGAGUCAGCAAACCUGGAGCUUUGGAGAAAUUCAGUAACCUACAUUUCUAACCUUUUGAAAGAAGGAGUGGGGUUUUAACCAGCAAAGGCAAGAUUAUAUUCCAGGCUCUGCAAAUGACGUGGGUGGUCCUGACUUCAGGUGCUGCCCAUCUAGAGGUGGCCUGGCACACCGGCGUCUUCCCCCCAGGCACAGGGGGCUCUAGGACUGACCAGCAGGUGGCCUUUGCCACUGCCUGUCCCGCUCCCCUGCCCCCUGUGGUCACCAGGAGUCGGGGAUUUGCAUGGGGGUGUGAAGAUGCUGGUCAUGGGGUAUUUCCAAACCUUUUUUCAGGUAGAAGGGUCAUUAAUGGUCUCAUAGCUUGGUGCAGACACCCUUGAGAUGACUGGCCAUCUCCAUAUUGCCCAGGCCAUGUUUAACCAUCUUGUUUGGAUCCUUCCAGUUAUGGGGAAAGCACCACCCCUGGAGGCAGCCCAUUCAUGAUCGCACAGCCCUGUUAGAAUGCCCUUCUUGGGUGGAGUUGGCAUCUGUUUGCAUACAUCUGCCCUUGGUCUUAUAGUCUAGGUGAAUUUGAUAGCAAAGAAUGGCCACGCAUGAUGGUUUAACUAACCAAUCGGAAAAAGAACAAAGACAACUAGACCUCAGAGAAUACCUGGUCAGGAACCGAAGAUGGUGUAUUUUCUCUCUUCUCUGUGCCUGGAGUCUCUGCCUCUCUCCUCAGCUCCUCUGCACUUAGCUCUACAUGCAAACCAGAAAUCUCUCCUUUGUCAGACAGGAGGCCACUCAUGGCCUCCCGGCAGCAGUCGGUCACUCCUAAGUAAUAUCUCUCAGCUCUGACUCCAAAUUCCCAGACAGAGAAUCCUAUUGGCCUGAGUCGGGUCAGGUGUCCACCCCUCAUCCAGUCACGUGGUGGGAGGAGAGGGCUCUCCAGGCCAACCCCGCUGCUAUGGGGCCCAGGCCUGGGCAGACCCUCCGAAAGACUGUCCACACUUGGAACCACCCCAACUAAGGUAAUUCCUCUUCUUCCAGAACAGCUCAGCACAUAACUGAGGCCAGAAUCUUGUCCUCCUUGCCUUUUUCUUUGAACCUCUCCCAUUUCUUUCCAUUGGUUUUGGCACCACGAGGUUCUGACACCCUUCACUUUCUGGUGAUGCUAAAAGGAACAUAAGGCUUUGGGAGGGUUUGCAACAGCUGCAAACCGACCAUCCCAGAGAGAGGGACGAGAGGGGGCCUCCAGGACCACUAUGAACCUGGAAAGUGGAGGGCACUUUAGAGCUGUAGCUCAGGGUGGCUCAUGGGAUGCUUUCUCUUAGCUCCUUUCGGAUUCACUUCUGGGGCUUUUGAUGUGGCCACAAAUACCUGAGCUGGCAGCCUCGAAGGGGACUACUGGAACUUGGAAUUCAACCCCCUUCAGGCACUGGGGGACUCUGAUCAGAAGUAUGACUUUGUCCCUGUCCUACCUCAGUUCUAGACUAUUGUUUAUUCAAUAAAGCAAAACAAAAGCCUUUCCCAUCCCCCACCAGUUCAUCUUUUGAAUACAGGAUCGCGUAGAAGUACCUUUUAUUAGGGACCGCUCAUUCCAGGGCUUAAGUUUGCUGGUGACAGCAAGCUAGCUGGGAUGACCAGCCUUUUUGAGGACAGGGUUCAAAUCCCAACCCACAUCACAGCAGGGACCAGGCCAAAUGGGAUGAAGUUUACGCAGAAAAUCCACGUCAUUCCCUUCCUUCACUGGAGCUACCUCCCAGCAUCUCCUACUGCCAACUACAGAGACAUGUAUAUAGUGGUCAUUCUAGCUGGUGGCCAGCUUCCCAGUCCUUGUCAUGGGAGAAGGCAUCUAGGACCCACUUGGCACCCCCAGGCUCCAGGAUGCAACAGUGUGGACCAGCAGUGGGGUUUAUUUGCUUUGCUCUUCAGCCAAAUCCUGGAAUGAACUUGGCCACCACAGGGACCCUGUGGCACCCCGGUAAUCAAGGAGUCUGGGUCACAGGAGAAGCCCCUUAUACGGUCUCUGAGAGCUGACAGAUGCCUCUCUGAUGGGCACACAGUUUUUCUUGUCUACAUUGUCCUCUAAGAAGGUGUCUAACCACUGGCUCCCAGGGGAGGGGCUGUCUCACUGUGACAUGUACUUGAACCUGCAGUGGUCUCUUUGCCUUUAGGUCCUG